CGCAGCCCGAAGGACCUCGGUUUAGUUCAUCUCCAGGCGCUUGACGCGGCGGGUUACCGAGAGGGGUUGCGGCGCUCGUGGCACAAGGGUUGCGUGCGUGGUCGUACGUCGUCUCGUUUCCACCCUCUCGCACACACACACACACACACACAUAUAUAUAUAAUAUAUAUAUAUACUACACACACGCCCGCGCGCCCACACACACACAUACGCCUGGUUCUCCUUCCAGCCGCGCUUGUCCGACUUUGCGAUCACCUAUGUUUGUACCAACUCACAGUCGCAAGCCGGACAGGUGAAUCGUCCUAAGUUCAGGAUGAAGCGAGAGUGGUAAAUCCCGCUCGCACCUUGCCGCACACUUACACUGCCACGACCCCCAUCCAUCCUGGUUGAUCUGCUCACGAAUCGCCCGAGAAACUCGACGACAACGACACUGGCAAGGAUGAACGUGGCACCGCGACGAAGACAGCUCGCUGGUUAUCGGCCACCCACGAAUCGGUCGGCCCACCACGUGGAUUGCGGUCUCGUGCGGCUUAGCUCGCUGGGACCAACACUCGCGCUCCUCGUCCUCGUCCUCGCGUUCGGUACCACCGCCUACGCGUCCUACGAGACGCAGGGGCCCAGUUUCGUCACGGAACCAUCGUCUAAGGUGGAGUUCACUAAUGUCAACGGUGGCCGGGUAGACUGCACCGUCCGUGGAAAUCCGCUGCCCACCGUCGACUGGCUGGCGGCGGACGGCAGCAGCAUAACGAGCAUCGUCGCCAUCAGACACGUUUUUGGCAACGGGACGAUAUACUUUCCCGCCUUUGAGGCUGAAGCCUUCCGGCAGGACGUCCACUGGGCCAUUUACAAGUGCUCAGCCGUCAACAGCGUCGGCGCGAUCGUUAGCAGAGACGUCACCGUCAGAGCAGUGGUGAACCAGCGUUACGAUCCGGAAGUGCAGAGUCCUAACGGCUUCCUUGGCAAUAACGUGCUGGUGCGCUGCAUCGUGCCCAGUUUCGUCCGCGAUCACGUCACCGUCACGUCUUGGCUUCAGGAACCAGCUUUCAAUAUUUACCCCUCCACGAUGGGCGAUGGCAAAUAUCAUAUGCUGCCGACCGGCGAAUUGAUGAUAAUCAAUAUUACGCGAAGCGACGCGCAGAUGACUUACCGGUGCAGGACGCAUCACCGGCUAACUCAGGAAACCGUCGUCAGCAGCAAUGUAGGGCGAGUGCAACUGACUGAGAUCCGUGGCUCCAUGCCGCCCAUAAUAAACGAGAAGCUGGUGUACAUGUCGGCCCGCCUGAAGGAUACCGUCGUGAUCCCCUGCGUGGCUUACGCCAAUCCCACCCCGGUCAACAGAUGGUACUGCAACAGGAAUCAGCGGGAGGAGCCGAUCGAGGAGUCGUCGGGCCAUUACGUGGCGCGAGACGGUUCCCUGAUCAUCCAGAACGUCGAGGAGAACGACGCCGGUUCCUACAUGUGCGUCGCCAGCAAUUCCGAGGGCAGCGAAACUUUGGAGAUCAGAUUAACGGUGUCCGCGCCGUUAAGUGUUCAUGUGCAGCCGACGAUACAGACCGUCGAUCUGGGGAAAUCCGCCUAUCUGACGUGCACGGCAAGUGGAUUUCCGCAAGCGGCGCUCUAUUGGCUGAAGGACGGUCAGCCAUUGAGAACGGGCGCCCGCGUAAGGACCGUCUCCAGCGAGCGCAUUUCCGUGACGUCGGUUGCGCGAGAGGACCGCGGCAUGUACCAGUGCUUCGUGCGGAACGAAUACGAAAUGGCUCAAGGAAUCGCGGAGUUGCGCUUAGGGGAGAUCGCGCCGCAGCUGGUCUACAGGUUUAUUGAACAGACAAUGCGGCCCGGUCCAUCGGUUUCUCUGAAAUGCAGCGCCGCAGGUAAUCCCACGCCGCAAAUUUCUUGGCUGCUGGAUGGGUUCGAGCUCCCGCAAAACGACAGGCUCCUGAUUGGCCAAUACGUGACCGUGUACGGGGAUGUAAUAUCGCACGUUAAUAUCACGACCGUGAAGGCGGAAGACGGCGGCGAAUAUGAGUGCAUCGCCAGCAGCCGCGCCGGCAAAAGCCGGCACUCAGCACGGCUCAAUAUUUACGGACUACCACAUGUCAGGCGGAUGCCACCCGUUUCAGCGGUGGCGGGGAAGCAACUGUAUAUCAAGUGCCCCGUAGCCGGUUAUCCCAUUGAAUCGAUAGUGUGGGAGAAAGGGGACGUAAAACUCCCUACCGACAUCAGGCAAAGAGUGGCCAACGGUACCCUGUUCAUCGACACCGUGCAACGCAACGCCGAUCAGGGCACAUACACAUGCACUGCCAAGAACAAACACAAUUAUACAUCGCAAGGCUCAGUCGAAGUGCGUGUUCUAGUGCCACCUAAAAUCACGCCUUUCAGUUUUGCUCGCGAUUUAAACGUAGGGGACCGCACUAGCGUACAGUGCGUGGUCGUGACCGGCGACCUACCACUGACGUUCACGUGGCUCAAAGAUAACGUCCCGAUAGAGACGUUCAGGACGUUGCCGUCGUCGCAGGAUGCGCCGUCGAGCAGCCGCGGUCGUUCGCCGGCCGGUCCUGGGGACGCGACGAUUAAGGGGGCCCCCAAGCUCAGGGGCCCUACUACUACCGUGACCGCAUCCGGCGCCGGGCAUGACGAAGCGUCCCCCUCGUCCCUCCAGAGAAAGAGCAUUACCGUCCGGCAAUAUGACGCUUUUACCAGCGCCCUGAGCAUUAGCACGAUCGCACCCGCGCACAAUGGCACGUACACCUGUCGCGUGGCCAAUGGCGCUGCAACCGUCGCUCAUUCUGCACUCCUUCACGUCAACGUACCGCCAAGGUGGACCGUGGAACCUAUCGACCAGAACGCGGUUGUAGGUCACGGCGUCUCCAUCGCCUGUCAGGCCGAAGGAUUCCCCAUUCCGACUGUGACUUGGAAGCAAUCUAUCGGUGAAACUCCGGGUGACUACAGGGAGCUGGGAUAUGGCGGCACGGAGGGCGUCGGGGUGGCCAGAAACGGAUCUUUGGUGAUCCCGCGGGUAUCGCGAGAUCACGCUGGAUUCUACCUAUGCCAGGCGAGCAAUGGGAUCGGGCCCGGCCUCAGCAAGCUCAUUCGGCUAACGGUUCAUGCGGGUCCCCAGGUCACAGUGAGGACGAGGCAAGAAUCGGUGCGACGAGGGGAGCCUGCGAUAUUGCGCUGCGAGGCCGAAGGAGAUGCACCUCUUGAUCUCAGCUGGCGUGCUCGUGACAGCAAGAUCGAUCCUAAUUAUGACGUUAGGUACGCGGUCGACAACACUGUGGAUGCUUCGGGACGCGUCACCACCGAGCUGCGGAUCGUGCAGGCGAGCCACAUGGACCGCGGUGACUACAUUUGCGUCGCCGCGAACGCCUACGGCCACGACAAGGCGACGAUCCACCUGCUGGUGCAGGAGCCACCCGAUUUCCCACGUAAUCUGCACGUGACCGAGCAGGGUAGCCGAUCGAUCAUGUUGGCCUGGUCGUCACCGGCGAACGAUCGGGAUGUGAAUCGUGCCAGCUCGCCCAUCAUCAACUACAUCGUGCAAUACAAGGAGGCCCAAGACGUGUGGCAUGAGCACAACACGCAGCAGCUGGUAGCCGGAGACAACACGGUCGCUCUGGUAUCGUCCCUAAAACCCGCGACUACCUACCACUUUCGAGUGCUUGCGGAAAAUCAUCUUGGAACAUCAGCGCCAAGCGACAUCCUUCAUGUGCAGACGGAUGGCGAAGUGCCCAGUGGAAAACCCAGGCACGUCACCGUGGAACCCCUGGGUCCGCAGCAGCUCAAGAUCACGUGGCAGCCACCGGAUCGAUCCCAGUGGAACGGCGAACUACUCGGAUACACCAUCAGCUACACCAAUCUCGGGGAUGAUCAAUUGAUGAACACGACGCGAGUAGGAAUUACCGGAAAUGGGGACGGCUCGCACGAUUACAGGCUAACCGGCCUGAGGAAAUACACCCAAUAUAGCGUAGUAGUGAAGGCGUUCAACAACAAAGGAGACGGCCCGGGAUCCGAUCCCGUGAUGGCGCAUACGUUCGAGGACGUUCCGAGUGCGCCACCGCAGAAUGUAGCUUGCGCCGCACUGAAUGGUCAGAACAUCCAGGUGACCUGGAAACCACCGCCUUCCGACAAAGUUCACGGGGUCGUGCAGGGGUACAAGCUACUGUACGAGGCAGCGAGCGGCGCCGCGUCGGACUCGCAAACCGGCAGAGAGACGAAAAUCAGUCAUGCACUCAGCACGGUCCUGCACGCGCUCACUCCAUAUACCAACUAUACCGUGCAAGUGCUCGCCUACACCAAGGCCGGGGAUGGCGUCAAGAGCAGCUUCGUGUCCUGCACCACCGGAGAGACCGUUCCCGAUGCACCGGAACGAGUAAAAGCGGUAGUCAGCGGCGAGAAUGCCGUUGUGAUAUCCUGGCUGCCACCUCGACGGCCAAAUGGGCUGCUCAUCCAAUACACCGUUUACAUACGUGUACUGAACCAGGGCAAGGAGGUGAAAAUCACUCAGAGUGUCCUGCCCGCGCAGAAACUGCAUCACGAAACGACCGGCUUGAAGGCACACGAGUCCUACGAGGCGUGGGUUACGGCAUCAACUAAGGUUGGUCAGGGCUCCAGCACGCCGGUUAUCAAACUUGAACCCAGCACCACCGUUCCAGCUGCCAUAAUAUCGUUCGGCGUUGCUAUCGUGGUGCCGUGGCGGGUGGACGUGAACAUGGCAUGCCUGGUCGUCGGCGAUCCGCGGCCGAUCGUCGAGUGGCGGCGUGCCGACAUAAAAUUGCAAAAAGCCGACGUGGGGCCGGACAAUACCCUAACUCUGAGAAACGUGCAGAGAAGCCACGAGGACAGCUACUCGUGCCACGCGAAGAAUUCACUCGGCACGGACGAGAUAACGUACACGCUGCACAUACAAGUACCGCCGACAUCGCCGACUCUGCUGGCGACCGGCACGACGACCGACGCCAUCCAGCUGCAAUGGAAGCAGGGCGACAACGGCGGGGCGCCUAUUAAGGGAUUCCUCCUGGCUUAUCGCCGGGAAUUCGCCGAAUGGGAAGAGGUCAUGUUGGAUAGACGCGCGAGCACGCAUCUGCUCGAGGGUCUGCUGUGUGGUACGCGAUACCAAUUCACCCUCGCGGCGUACAACCGGAUCGGAAGCGGUAGCGCCAGCGACAUACAGACUGCGAAGACCAACGGCUCGCAGCCGAUCCCGCCACCGAAGCACCACUUCGUCAAGCCGAAUCAGACGUUCGUUAUUCUGGAGCUGGCGGCCUGGCAAGACGGCGGCUGCCCGUUGACCUACUUCGUCGUGGAGUACAGAAGGCUGCCCGGGGAUUGGCUGCUCGUGUCCAAUAAUGUGCCGCCGCAGUCGAAAUUUCCCAUCAUGGAUCUAGAGAGCGGCACCAGCUACGAGCUCCGCGUGACAGCUUACAAUAACGCCGGUUCCACCCAGGCCGAGUACCUGUUCAGCACGCUCUCGUUGAACGGCAAUAACCGCUUGCACGAGGAUCAUCCGCACGAGAGCGAGACCACCCCGCUCUACCUUGACGCGCACGUUUUGGCGCCGAGCGUUAUCUCGGUUCUGGCUGUCAUUCUGGCGAUUGCCGGCGUGUGCUUCUGCCUCAAGACACAUCCAGAGAGUUCCGGAGGCGCGAACGAUCCGAGCUCGCAAACACAGGCGGCUUUGGACAACAAACACAAUAUGGAACAGAGAGAGCAGUACUACGCCACCGUCAGGAAACCGGGACAACAGUCGCCUUGCCGCGAGGAAAAUCUCUCGGCGAACCCCAUGAGACAGGCGUUCUUCUACGAGCGCAGCGAGACGAUGCUGCAAGGUGCCCAAUGCGACGUGGACCAGUACACGAAGGUACGAGGUCGGGCGCGACGCAAGUCGAAAUCGUUCAAGUCGGAGUCGGAGGAGUACGACACCCUGGGCUCGGAUAGCGACACGGAGGUCGGCACCAGCAGCCGUACCGAGUCGUCGAAUCACCUGGACGAUUCCGGCCCGACGUCGAUAAUGGCCCGCUCACCGGGGCCGAAUUCCGUCAAUCAACGGGAGCAGCGGCUCGCCCUGGUGCAGCGACCGGUUCAUCAUAAUGUGCUGUACCACACACACGAAUCAAGUACAUCAACCGAGCCGUCACCAAUUUCUGAGAGGAAGACUUUCCCGAGGCUCGAAAAGCAAAGGAGUCGCGGUGGCGCGACAGCGGACGUCGCGAUCGACGGUCGCAUUUCCGGCAUACUGCGACCGGUGCUGAAGCUGUCGGAGUCCGGAGUGCAUUCGUGCUCGCGAGGAGCGUCGCCCAGUCAUCCGGCGCGUCCCGGUUCCUACGACAGGCUGGAGAAGGAGUCGUCGAGCACGAGGAAGUCCGUCGAGUCGCUGUGCCUCCUGGAGGAGCCGGCGGGCACGUACAGUAUGAUGAGGAGAGACGACGACUGGGGCAGCGAGCUGUCUACGUUGGAAUUGAAGCCGCCGAGCGGCUUCACGGACGUCCACGAGACCAGUGAGGCCGAGUGUGACAUCGACAUGAAGCUCAAGUUGCAUAGGAAGCGGUCGACCGGCCUGCACUCGAACAGCUCGCUCUCCAAGUCGCCCAAAGAUUUCACUAUCACCGUCUAAGUGUUUAAAUCAAAUAUCAAAAAGGAGAAGAAAAAACGAAAAAAAAAACGAAAAAAAGUAAGCCAAAAAACGAAAAGAUUUCAAUAAGCGAAACAUUGCCAAAGCAUGAGUGUUAUUAAGUCAAGUAAGCUACGAUUCUACGCCAUUCGAGGUUCUCGCGGUCGCUCUACGGAUUAGAUCACUGGAUGUUUGUCUUUUGGAGUGAAUACUAUCAGAGAGUCCGUUUACAAAUAAAGAGCUAUUUUUGUAAAAAAAUGACAAA